AUGAACGACCCAGAAAAACUCGAUGUCGUCUCCUCCCCCUCCCACACCGACGAAAAGGUCGGCACGAUGCGCGCCCUCGUCGAGCAAGACCUCAUGGACGAGCGGUACCAAAACACCCAGCGCGGUCUGAAAAACCGCCACGUCCAGCUGAUGGCGCUGGGAGGAACCAUCGGCACCGGUCUCUUUGUCGGAUCAGGACAGGCGCUCGCUAUCGGGGGGCCUUUGUCACUGCUACUCGGAUAUUUGUUCAUCUCAGCAUUGGUCUACUCCCUCGUCACGGCCAUUGCGGAGAUUGGCGCAUACCUGCCCGUGCACGGUGGCACAAUGAGCUACCACGGCUUCCGGUACGUCUCGCGGAGUCUGGGGUUCGCGAUGGGAUAUCUAUACUGGUAUUCGCUGGGGAUUCUGGUGCCGUAUGAGAUUACCGCUGCGUCGCUGGUGAUUGAUUAUUGGAAUCCUGGGGUGCACAUUGCGGUGUGGAUAUCCAUCAUGUUGGUUGUCAUUGUCGCGCUCAACUUCCUCCCUGUCGGUGCGUACGGUGAAGCUGAGUUUUGGUUUUCGGGGAUCAAAAUCAUUACUCUUAUUGGAUUGUUGAUUCUUUCGUUUAUUCUGUUCUGGGGAGGAGGGCCGGAUCGCCAGUUACUGGGUUUCCAUUAUUGGAAACAUCCUGGGGUGAUGAAUGAGUAUUUGGUCAAGGGGGAUGCGGGGCGGUUUGUUGGGCUGUUGGAGUGCAUUGUCAAGUCUGCUAUUGCAUUCAUCUUCGCCCCCGAGUUGAUCGUCAUCAGUGGUGGUGAGAUGGAAUCGCCCCGGCGCAAUGUCCCUCGUGCUGCUCGUCGGUAUAUCUACCGUCUGGUCUUUUUCUACAUCACGGCUGCAAUAGCUAUUGGUGUUAUCUGUCCAUCGGAUGACAGUCGACUUACCAACGGUGGUGCCGGUGCUGGUUCUUCUCCAUUCGUCGUUGGCAUCACCAACGCCGGCAUCGCCGCCCUCCCCAGCAUCGUCAAUGCCGCCAUCCUCACCUCCGCCUGGUCCGCCGGCAACUCCUUCCUCUACAUGUCCUCUCGCUCCCUCUACUCCCUCGCCGUCUCCGGCAACGCCCCCAGCAUCUUCAAAACUUGCAACAAAUGGGGUGUCCCGUACCUCGCCGUCUCAGCCUCGGCCUGCUUCUCCGCCCUCGCCUACCUCUCCGUCGGCAGCUCCUCCUCCGUCGUCUUCGACUGGCUCAUCAACUUCACAAACACCUCUGGCUUCAUUUCCUGGAUCUGCUGCUGCAUCGUGUACUUCCGCUUCCGGAAAGCCGUGGCCGCACAGGGCAUCGAACAGCCGUAUAAAUCCAUCAUGCAGCCGUACGGGGCAUACGUGGGUCUGGCGGGUGCCAUCUUCCUCAUGCUGAUCAACGGCUUCUCGUGUUUCUUUCCAUCGAAAUGGUCGGCGAGUAACUUUUUCACGGCGUAUAUCGGCAUCCCUGCAUUCCUGCUACUGUAUGUUGGGCAUAGGAUUGUGUACCGGGCUGAUCCGUGGGCGUGGAGGCCUGAAGAUGUCGAUAUGCACACUGGGUUGCAGGAGAUUCUGGCUGCGGAGAAACCGCCUCGACCAAGGAAUACGUGGUAUGAGAAGAUGAUGGUGUUGGUGGAGUAG